CCCCCCGCCCACCCGGCCACGCCGCGCCUCCUCUGGCCGAGGGCUCCCCCGGCCCGCCAGGAUUUGCAUGCGGAUUUGCGUGUCUUUUGCACGUCCCGGAAAGCUGGGCCGGAGGAGCAGAGGCCCUCCCGGCUGGCUGCACACGGGCUCCUUUCCCCGGAGUUCCAGCAGCCCUGGCUCCUUCUCUGUCUCCUACUCUUAGCAACUCUGGGCCACCCCAGCCCGGCGGUUGACACCCAGGCGUUACCGCCUCGGUUCUGUUCUCUUGUCCUGUUUCUGUGCCUUUACGGGUCUCUCUCAGCUACUCUUGUGCGGGCUCCUGCAGUCCUGUUAACUCGGGGAGAAGGGGCACCGCUUCUGCCUCCCAGUGGCCACAGUCGGUAUUACAUCUCGUACACCCGCAAAGGGCGAGGAAACGCCUGGAGGCUGCCGGUAAGGGAAGGUGGAGAAUGAAGUGUCCUUUUCCUUUUCUCCUCCCACCCUUUUCCGCUGCAGGUUCCGGGAGCCUCACCCACAAAUGCAGCAGCACGAAACACCGCAUCAUCUCUCCCAAAGUGGAGCCCCGAGCUUUAACCCUGACCUCUGUCUCCCACCCCCACCCCCCUGAGCCUCCUCCGCUGAUCGCCCCUCUUCCCCCAGAGCUCCCCAAGGCACAUACUUCCCCUUCUUCUUCCUCCUCCUCUUCCUCCUCUUCCUCAGGCUUUGCGGAACCCCUAGAGAUCAGACCUAGCCCACCCACCUCUCGAGGGGCGUCAUCCAGAGGAGGCACUGCAAUCCUCCUCCUGACGGGACUGGAGCAGCGCACUGGGGGCUUGACGCCCACCAGGCACUUGGCCCCCCAGGCUGACCCCAGGCCUUCCGUGAGCUUGGCUGUGGUUGUAGGAUCCGAGCCCCCUGCCCCACCAGCUCCUCCCAGUCCUGCUUUCGACCCCGAUCGUUUUCUCAACAGCCCCCAGAGGGGCCAGACAUAUGGAGGGGGCCAGGGGGUGAGCCCGGACUUCCCCGAGGCAGAGGCCGCCCACACCCCCUGCCCUGCCCUAGAACCCGCUGCUGCCCUGGAGCCCCAGGCGGCUGCUCGGGGUCCCCCUCCACCGCCAGGAGCAGGUGGGAGAAGAGGAAACCGUUUCUUUAUUCAAGAUGACGGUAGCGGGGAGGAGCUCAAGGCCCAGGGGGCUGCCCCACCCGCACCUUCACCCCCUCCUUCGCCCCCACCUUCACCUGCCCCCUUGGAGCCAGCAGGCAGGGGAGGCAGAGGGGAGGCCUUGUUUGGAGGAGCUGCUGGGGCCAGCGAACUGGAGCCCUUCGGUCUCUCGUCAUUCCCUGACCUCAUGGGAGAGCUCAUCAGCGACGAGGCUCCAGGCGCCCCUACCCCAGCCGCCCCGCUCUCUCCUGCUCUUAGCAGCAUCACGGACUUCUCCCCAGAGUGGUCCUACCCGGAGGGUGGGGUCAAGGUGCUCAUCACAGGUCCCUGGACUGAGGCCGCCGAGCAUUACUCCUGUGUCUUUGAUCACAUCGCGGUGCCAGGCUCACUCGUCCAGCCUGGCGUCUUGCGCUGCUACUGUCCUGCCCAUGAGGUGGGGCUGGUGUCUUUGCAGGUGGCGGGGCGGGAGGGGCCCCUUUCCGCCUCUGUGCUCUUUGAGUAUCGAGCCCGCCGAUUCCUGUCACUGCCUAGUACUCAACUUGACUGGUUGUCACUGGACGACAACCAGUUCCGGAUGUCCAUCCUAGAGCGGCUGGAGCAGAUGGAGAAACGGAUGGCCGACCUGGCGGCAGCCGGGCGGGCUCCCUGCCGCAGUCCUGCCGCGCCUCCGAUUCAGGACGAAGGCCAGGGACCCGGGUUCGAGGCCCGUGUGGUGGUCUUGGUAGAGAGCAUGAUCCCUCGCUCCACCUGGAGGGGUCCUGAACGUCUGGCCCACGGAAGCCCCUUCCGGGGCAUGAGCCUCCUGCACCUGGCUGCCGCCCAGGGCUACGCCCGCCUCAUCGAGACCCUGAGCCAGUGGCGGAGCGUGGGGACAGGGAGCCUGGACUUAGAGCAAGAGGCUGACCCGCUCAACGUGGACCACUUCUCUUGCACCCCUCUGAUGUGGGCCUGUGCCCUGGGGCACCUGGAAGCCGCCGUGCUCCUCUUCCGCUGGAACAGACAGGCGCUGAGCAUUCCCGACUCACUGGGCCGGCUGCCCCUGUCCGUGGCACGGUCCCGGGGCCACGUGCGCCUCGCCCGCUGCCUGGAAGAGCUGCAGAGACAGGAAGCUUCGCUGGAGCCCCCACUUGCCCCGUCGCCCCCCUCCUCCAGCCCAGACACCGGGCUGAGUGGGGUCUCAUCACCCUCGGAGCUGUCGGAUGGCACGUUCUCUGUCACAUCAGCUUAUUCGAGCGCCCCGGACGGUAGUCCUCCCCCCGCUCCUCUGCCAGCCUCAGAGAUUCCGAUGGAAGAGACCGUCCCAGGCCAACUCUCCACUGGGGCCCCUGAGGCCCCCCUAUUCCUCAUGGACUGUGAAACCACCAACUCCCAAAGGCCAGCACCCUCACCGCCUCCUCUCCCACCAACCACCGAAGGGGGGACUGCUCCUGAGGAAGCAGACGGCCCGCUGGCCGUGGACGUGAUCCCGGUGGACAUGAUCUCACUGGCCAAGCAGAUCAUUGAAGCCACACCAGAGCGGAUUAAACGGGAGGACUUCACAGGGCUGCCCGAGGCUGGAGCACCAAUGAGGGAGCGGACAGGGGCCCUGGGGCUCAGCGAGACCAUGUCCUGGCUGGCCAGCUACCUGGAGAACGUGGACCAUUUCCCCAGCUCAGCCCCGCCCAGCGAACUGCCCUUCGAGCGUGGUCGCCUGGCCGUCCCUCCCGCCCCUUCCUGGGCAGAGUUUCUGUCCGCUUCUGCCAGCGGCAAGAUGGAGAGCGACUUCGCCCUGCUAACGCUGUCGGAUCACGAGCAGCGGGAGCUGUACGAGGCGGCUCGAGUCAUCCAGACGGCCUUCCGGAAGUACAAGGGCCGGAGGCUGAAGGAGCAGCAGGAGGUGGCGGCCGCAGUGAUCCAGCGCUGCUACCGGAAGUACAAGCAGUUCGCGCUGUACAAGAAGAUGACCCAGGCGGCCAUCCUGAUCCAGAGCAAGUUCCGGAGCUACUAUGAGCAGAAGCGGUUUCAGCAGAGCCGCCGGGCGGCCGUGCUCAUCCAGCAGCACUACCGCUCCUACCGCCGCCGGCCCGCAGGCAGCCUGCCCGCCCGCACCAGCAGGGGCUCCUUUCUCACCAAGAAGCAGGACCAGGCAGCCCGGAAGAUCAUGAGAUUCCUGCGGCGCUGCCGGCACAGGAUGAGGGAACUGAAGCAGAACCAGGAGCUGGAAGGGCUCCCCCAGCCCGGACUGGCCACCUGACCGCCGCGCCGCCUUCCUCACCGCCCCGGGGGCCGCUUCUGGCAGUCUUAACCGAGGCCGGGCCCUCGGCGGGAGGGGAGCCCCCGUCGGCCGCUGUCCCGCUAAGCGGCGGCCGGAACCCUCCCGGGGCCCCCGCCCCGCCCCGCCCCGCUGGGGCGCGCCCCGUCUCUCGGCAUCCCCCCCCCCCCCCCCCCC